AUGUGGCAGCGACUCCUGGCCCUACUGGUGCUUCCACUGGUUUCUCCGCGCACUUCAGUCCAGAGGUCACCUCUCAAUGACUUCCAGUCACUGAAAGCCACAGAGCUGAAGCUCCCGUCCCAGCAGGCCCCGGAACCAUGGCAGGAGAACACGGUUAGCGUGGAGGAAUGUGCCCGGAGAUGCGUUCAGGCCCAGACAUGCAGAGCUUUUCAUUACAACUUGGUGAGCCGGACCUGCCAACUGCUCUCCCAGACCCAGAAUUCAGCACACACCCUGCUACAGAGGAACACACACUAUGAUCUUUUCCAGAAGAAAGAUUAUGUGCGGGAAUGCAUCGUGGAGAGAGGGGCCAGGUACCGUGGCACAGUGGCCACCACCAUCGAGGGCCAUCCCUGCCAGCCCUGGAAAGAGAAGUACCCCUUUGAUCACAAGUUUGUUCCAACCGCCCUCAAUGGCCUUGAAGAAAAUUACUGCCGCAACCCAGAUGGGGCUCAGGAGGGCCCUUGGUGCUACACCCAAAACCCCGCUGUCCGCAGUCAGGUCUGUGGAAUCAAGACCUGCGAAGAAGCUACCUGCCUGUCCUGUAACGGUGAGGAUUAUCAGGGCUCCGUGGACCGAACUGAAUCAGGAAGAGAGUGUCAGCGUUGGGACCUGCAGAAGCCCCACAAGCAUCCCUACCAUCCCAGCAAGUAUCCUGACAAGAACCUGGACGACAAUUACUGCCGGAACCCAGAUGGCUCGGAGCGGCCAUGGUGUUACACCACUGACGGUGAACACCAGAGGGAAUUCUGCCGCAUCCCAUACUGCCAAGCAAAGAGAUGGCAACACCCCAAGGACACGACCCUCACCUGCUUCCGGGGCAAAGGAGAGGGGUACCGGGGGACGGCAAACACCACCGUGUCAGGAAUCCCCUGCCAGCGCUGGGACGCUCAAACCCCCCACCGACACCACUUCCUGCCGGAGAAAUACGAGUGCAAGGACCUGCGGGAGAAUUAUUGUCGCAACCCGGAUGGUUCCGAGGGGCCGUGGUGUUUCACCUCUCGCUCCAGCCUGCAUAUGGGCUUCUGCUUCCAGAUCAAGCGCUGCCCGGAUGACGUGAAGGUGGAAGACUGUUACUCUGGCAAUGGAGCACAGUACCGGGGUUUGGUCAACAAGACCCGGAAAGGCAUCGUCUGUCAGCGCUGGGCAGAUAAGACUCCGCAUCAGCCUCAGUUCUCCCCCACAACGGCUCCUCUUGCCCACCUGGAGGGGAAUUUCUGCCGGAACCCAGAUGGCGACAGCCACGGGCCCUGGUGCUACACCACAGAUCCCAACACCCCCUUUGAUUACUGCGCCCUCAAAACCUGUGACAGCAAUAGGAAGCCGUCCAUCCUGGAGACUACAGAUCAGGUUCUCUUUGAGAAGUGUGGCAAGAGGGAUGAUCGUCGGCAGGAGAAGUUGCGGGUCAUUGGGGGGCAGCCUGGGAACUCACCGUGGACGGUCAGCCUGCGGAACCGGCAGGGGCAGCACUUCUGUGGCGGGACCCUGGUGAAAGAGCAGUGGGUGAUCUCUGCUCGCCAAUGCUUCUCUUCCUGUGAGGCCACCAUCAGAGGCUACGAGGCCUGGCUGGGGACUCUGUUCAAGAACCCGGGCCCCAACGACCCCAACCUGCAGGUGAUCCCCGUGGUGCAUCUGGUGUGUGGCCCUUCCAACUCCCAACUUGUCAUGCUGAAGCUGGAGAGACCCGUGACCCUGAGUUCACGAGUGGCCGUGAUCUGCUUGCCCCCAGAGAAGUAUGUGGUGCCCAAAGGCACCAAAUGUGAAAUCGCAGGAUGGGGAGAAACCCAAGGCACUGGCAACCCCAACGUCCUCAACGUGGCUACGCUGCACGUGAUGAGUAACCAGGACUGCAACGUCAAGCACCGGGGCCGGGUUCAGGAGACAGAGAUGUGCACAGAGGGCUUGCUAGCUCCCGCCGGGGCAUGUGAGGGAGACUACGGGGGUCCCUUGGCCUGCUUCACCCACGACUGCUGGGUUCUGGAGGGCAUCAUCAUUCCCAACCGUGUUUGUGCCCGCCCCGGUUGGCCUGCCAUCUUCAUGCGGGUGUCUGUCUAUGUCGACUGGAUCAUCAAAGUCAUGAAGCUCACCUGAGGGGCCUGGAAUGCACCAGGCCAAGGCCUCACUUCUCCUUGCCCUCCCUUUGUUCUGCCCCCUGCAUAAUAUCAUCAUGGGAAGCUUGGGGGCAGGGAGUGCAUCUGUUAUAGUGUACUUUCCCGAACGCUUAGUACAGUGCUCU